UCUAUUCUUUGUGUUAUAGUUGUCGUAAUUAUUCAAAUUGUAGGAUCUCGAACCGGUUUCGGAUUGUUUUCAGUCAUUCCCGAACCUGCUCGACAAGUGAACAAUUUACCGCAGUACUCCUGUGGACGUUUCCAGAGCGCAAUGGGAUCGCUACUUCGUUGCGUACUGCUCGUGCUACUGCUGUGCCUGCUGGUUCAAGGCCAACGAAUAUCGGAAGCAAAGUGUUCCGAGUAUCGCAGUCAAACCAUUUCGAUUGCAUCCAUCAUUCCGUUGACGCUGAAUCCGAAACCGAUCACGUAUCGAAAUUUCAACUGUUCCAAAACUGUAGAUCUCAUAGUAGGUGGUGAAUCGGCUAAGCCGGCUGAGUUUCCUCAUCAAGCCCUCCUUGGGUGGCAGAAGGAAGAUAAUCCGGAUCAGUUUGACUUUCGCUGUGGAGGUUCAUUGAUCAGUGAUCGUUACGUGCUCACGGCUGCACAUUGUUUCAAGGACACUGAUCCGUUAAUUGUACGCUUGGGAGAAUACAACUUGCAGAAUGAUUACGACAAUCAGCUAGAUGUGGAUAUUGAGUCAAUUGUUAGACACCCGUCGCAUAGUUUCCGCAGUUCCUACCAUGAUAUCGCUUUAGUGAAACUGAAGGAGCCGGUUCGGUUUUCCAAAAUCAUUCGCCCGGCAUGUCUGUGGACGGGAUUACAGGUGAACGUCUCAUCGGUGAUAGCAACCGGAUUUGGCCUGACAGAAUUUGGUGGCCAAGGCUCGGAGAUUUUGCGGAAGGUCAUGUUGGACUUUUUGGAGAUAAAAGAAUGCGAGGAUCAGUUUGUUGGAUCGAGAAGCUUCAAACGAGGAAUCAUUGAUGAGCAGUUAUGUGUUGGAAGCAUUCGUGGUGGAAAGGAUACAUGUCAGGGUGAUUCAGGAGGGCCAAUUCAGGUGAUAACUGAACCUAAGGGGUGCACAUAUCACGUCCUCGGAGUAACAUCUACCGGAUCGGCCUGUGGAGUGGGACAGUCGCCAUCAAUUUAUACCAGAGUGGCAAGCUACGUCGACUGGAUUGAGGGAAUCGUGUGGAAGUGAACAUUUGUAAAUGAUCAUAAUAAAUAAACAAGCUUCAGCUUUGUUAAAAUCCGA